UGAUAAAUAAAACUUGUGUUUGAAAUUAAUUAAAUAAAGACACAGUUUCAAUUGACUAUGGAGCUAUUAAAAAGAAGUUUCAUGAAUUGUAAACGGUGUUUAGCCUCCAGGGGGAUACACCAGAGUGGCGUUGCGGCAGUUUCCAGCAAGAGUUCGAAAGACAGUGGCGGCCGCUGGGAGCGGCGCGUGGUGUCAGGGCUGCAGCCGACAGGCACACUUCACGUCGGCAACUACUUCGGAGCCCUGCGGCGCUGCGCGCGCCUACAGCAGGCUGGUGAAGACCUCACGCUGUUUGUGGCAGACCUGCAUUCACUUACCACUCGACAUGACGCGAAUGCGCUGCGUGAGGACACCCUGGAGUUAGCAGCGUUGGCGUUGGCGUCCGGCGUGUGUCCUGAGCGCGGCGCGCUGUUCGUACAAUCCGCCGUGCCGCGACACACUGAGCUCUGCUGGCUUCUCGCCUGUCUCGCCACCAUGGCGCGUUUACAAGCGCUACCACAAUUUCGCGAGAAGUCAGCCAAGCUCCGCGACGUGCCGCUCGGCCUCCUCCUGUAUCCAGUGCUGCAGGCGGCCGACGUGCUGGUGUACCGCGCCACGCACGUGCCGGUGGGCGCUGAUCAGCUGCAGCACCUGCAGGUGGCGUCGGCGCUGGCGCGCCAGUUCGCGCACCGCUACGGGCCCGCGUUUCCAACGCCCGCUCCUUUAUUGCCAGAUGACGGCAGCGACCGCAUCCGCAACCUUCGCGAUCCGGCCAAGAAAAUGUCCAAAUCGGACCCCGAGGGCAAAUCCCGAAUAUUGCUGACAGAUGAUGACGCCGCCAUCGCGCUCAAGCUUAGAAAAGCCGUCACUGAUUUCACCCCGGAGGUGACGUUUGAUCCGGAAAACCGGCUGGGCGUGUCGAAUCUUGUGCAACUACACUGCUUGUCAACGGGCAUGACAACUAACGAAGCAGUAGAGGCGGCAAAAGGACUCACGACGGCGCAAUACAAGGGCGUGGUAGCCGACGCGCUAGCUAAGGAACUCCGGCCCGUGCGCGCACGCUAUUUAGAACUACGAGAACGACCGCGCCUAGUCCGCGACAUCUUAGACCGCGGCGCCGAGAAGGCGCGGCGGCGCGCCGACGAGACCUACGCCGACGUGGCCGCGCGCGUUGGAUUAAUCGCGCCGGCGUUGCCGCCUCACACCUUGCUUGACGCCGCCGCCGCCGCCGAAUAGACUUAGCUCAACACUAUUUAAUUGUUAAUUUAAGUAGAUUAUUUUGU